AACUUCCUUCUAAAAGUCGUUACUACUCAUUGUCAAUAUGGUCGAUCUGACGUUAGAUACUGAGGAUAUCUCCCUACCUCAGGUUGGGAUCUAUGCCUGCUUAUCAUUUUUGUUGGUUUCAGUUGUAGGCGGAUUAUUUUACGUUUCAUGCUCUAAAAAACAUCGUCUAAAUUGGUUCGAAAAAAAUUUACUCGAAUCUGCAACAGGUUCUGAUGAAGUAGAGCCCAGCUGCGAAGCAUUAGUCGCUGGUACAGCUGGUUACAAUGUAGACAACAUAAGCGAAUGUGCACGCACCACAGGCAAAGGCAAUCUGAGCCCAACCUCGGUAACAACUGAUGAUCCCACUUUCUGGGUACCUCCACCAAAAACUGUACAGCAACAGGUUUCAACAUCAGCUGACGAAUCACCACCACCAACUCCAACUUCACCAACCGGUAGUCUCAAAUCGAAUACAUUGUCCAUGUCGUCAACUAAUUCGGUGCCAAUUGCUCGUUCCGAUAAACAUGUUGUGCUCGGAAUGAAUCCCAUACGUCCAAAGGUUUCAUCAAUGAAUACAAAAUUAGACCAUACCAAAAUUGAUAUGGCAUUAUACAGAAAUAACUCACAACAGAAGAAUGGCUCACCAGAUGGUAGCGAUGAGAUUCGCGGUAACAUACAUGUUAGUAUCUUGUAUGAUCCAAUUGCAGGUAUAUUGUCCGUACGUCUUAUUGAGGCACAAAAUUUGCAACCAAGAGAUUUCAGUGGUACUGCCGAUCCGUACGCCAAAGUACGUCUGCUACCGGAGAAGAAAAAUUUUUGGCAAACUCGCAUACAUAAAAAAACUCUAAACCCUAUUUUCGAUGAGGACUUCGUUUUCGAAGAGAGUGCUAAUGUCAUUGAUAAACGUACUAUUGAAAUCUUAUUGUAUGACUUUGAUGCCUACUCCCGACAUGUCUGCAUUGGUGGCGCACAAAUUCAUUUGGGCGAUUUAGAUCUAAGCGAAAAAGUUAAACUUUGGACACCACUUGGCUCCUGUGCUGAUCAGGAUAUGAAAGUCGAUUUGGGUGAUAUAAUGGUUUCACUAGCAUUUCUACCAUCUGCUGAACGUUUGACUGUGGUUAUUAUAAAAGCAAGAAACUUACGAAUUGUUGAUGACUCACGCAGUUCUUCAGACCCAUACAUAAAGGUUACACUUAUAACUGGCGGUAAGAAAAUGAAGAAACGCAAAACUGGUGUAUCACGGAAUACCGUCAAUCCGGUCUAUAAUGAGGCUUUGACAUUUAAUAUCAGCAAGGAAACUUUGAAGGGUUCAAUGAUUGAGUUCACAGUAGUCCAUGAUGGUUUAUUGGGUUCCAGUGAAAUACUUGGACGCGCUUUAAUUGGCAAUUCUUCUGAAGUACGUUUAGAUGAGAAAAUAUUCUUUGAUGAAAUGUUCCGUUCCAAGAGCGCCACCGCACAAUGGGUACCACUACAGGAUGUUAAUAACACACGUGCUGUGAACAACACGCCAACCAGUGCUCAUUAAACUGUGGAAACUGGUUGCGUACUUGACUCUUUUGUUGUUGAAAUUUAAAUUGAAUAACAGUGAACAGGUUUCCCGCAGCAAUGUCACAACAACAAUAUCAAUAUAUUUCCAUGUUUUUGAUAAUAUUAAAGCAACAGCAUGCAUUCUGUCUCUAUGUUUGUGCAAUGUUAUUGUGCUUCCCAAAUGCAUGGAGUUCCAUAUCUAAUUUUAUGUGUUAAAUUCUAUGUUUUCUUUAUCAAACUAAACAUUUUUGUGUACGGUCUCUACACAGUCAUAAGUAAGCACAGUAUGUAAGCUAAAAGCCAAUUAUUUUAUAUUCACAUUUUAAAAAUUUAUUGCACUUAAAAAUUUUAUAAGUUCAAACAGUGACUUUCAAACUUUUAUGAAUGACUGCAAUGACAAGCCACACAACUAAUAGUUUUAUUCAAAUCGUAGUGGUGGUCUUUUUGAGUUCUCAUUCAAAAAUUGAUUAUAUUAAAUAACUUUAAUUUGCUCAUAUAAACAAUUGGAAAGAAAAAAAAAUUCUAAAAUAUAUUUGACAACAGUUGUAGUAUUGUACCUUAGGGACAUAAAUUUGCUUUCUUCAGUAUCACAUAUGCAUUGCCCAGUUUUACUUCAUUUUCUUCAAUAUGCUUAUAUGUAUGGACAACAGUACAUAUAUUGUAGGUGACAACAGUACACCGUUGACCAACUUUAUUCCUUUAAAACGUAAUAGAUAAUAUUUUGCUAGUUAAAUAACAGUAGUUCACUGUAACAAGUAUUUGAAAUUCACACGAUCGCUAUUAAGAAUCAUUAAUUAGGAGUUGUAAAAACACUACAUCAUGUACUACUCCACUACUCCUCUACUGUAUUGGCAUAUAUAAAUUGUUUACACUUGUGAAACAAGCGUUUCACUAGCGUUUCACAAGCGUUUAAGUUUAUUAACUGAAAUAAAAAUUUUCUUGUAAUUUUUCUAAAAUUAAU